CUUGGUGUCUCACAGUUCCAGCAAGCUGCUCAUGGGUACGUGGGGCUUGGCUUCCUCCUGCAGUGCUAAAAAGUCAAAAUUGGUGAUGGCAGAAGAUUUUAGAGCUUGAGCUCUACAGACACUGGGGCUUGUCAAGAAAGCAAAUUCCUUUUAUACCAUCUGGAAAUGACACAGGGUGGGAAAAGGCACCUUGGAGCAUCCCAGGAGGAUGCAGCGUUCCUCCUUAUCUUAGAACUCUUCUAACCACAGAGUAUUUUUUUUCAGAACCAAAAUGAGCCAGAUCUCAGGGUCCUUGAGCAGAGUGUGGCCACAAGAUGUCACAGUUGCUUUGCUUAGAUGUGUGGUCAUGCCUUUUCCGUGUCCCAGUCCUGCCCCUUUCCCACUCCCAGCUUUCACCUGCUGUCCCCAGGUGUCCCUAUGAGCACACACACUUUUAUUUGGUUUUUUUGCUGCUGUGUUUUGUUUCGUGGUGGUUUUUUUGUUUGGUUGAUUUUUUUUUGCAAAGCAGGCUUGUCAUUGUGUUCUGGGGAAGGUUAGGCAUUUAGGUUUCUAGCUCAUUUAUGGGUCGUUUAUGGUAUAAAAUCAAAGUUACCCAAGAUUUAUGCCCUUGCUGUAGGUCCAGCUGGCAGACAGCAAUUUUGAGCAGAGAUAGAAGAAAAAAAUCUAAGUAUAACUGCAAACAAACACUUCUGGGUGCUGCCAGAGUUACUGCUCAGUGUCCCCACAGGCCUCAGGUGCCUUUGCCAGAUCGUGUAGCAGACUCAGAAAACACCACAAUGCUGUGGACUUGAGAGGUUUUUGUUCUUUAUAGCCUAUUGCUAAAUUUAUUUCUUUUUCUUCCCAGAAAGCUGCCUGGAUGGGGUCCCAGGGGCUGAUGCUAAUAUCAGUUCACUCUGAAGCAGGGCGAGAAAGGAGUUUAGUCAUAGAAGAAGUUGAUGAGCCUUACAGGAUCCAGGGUCUUUUGGGUUAGUCCCUUAUAGUGUGCACACUGAAUUGAAGACCUAAUUCAUGGCCUGUGCAGGCGAUUGUUAUGGAUGCUCCAAACAAACAGCACUUUCUUUCCCGCCCGCCUGGCUGGUGCCUGCCUGGAGCCAGGCAGAGUUUCUCCUCUGGCCUCUGUGGUCCGGGGCACCAGGAGGAAAGAUUUGCUCCAGCAGCCACACAGGAAACACAAAACCCCCAGCUACAAGGCCGAGCUGUUGAGUGGAGCAGCAGGGGCACAAGGGAGGGCAGAGGAGGCAGGCUGGGGUUGGCUCUGCCUGCUGUGCUCGUCACUCCUUGUCCCACAGCGCCUGUCACGGGUCCAGCCGUGUCCCCUGGGGAAGGUGCUGCUCUCCCACCUCUCUCUGGAGGGCAGAGCCCCACGUGCUUUGUCCCCAGGGGUGGCUGGGUCAGGGCUGGCCUUGAGCCCUUUGCCCUUUCCCACCCAGGGGAGCAUGAGAACAUCCCAGCACCUCCCAGCUGGGGGAGGGCUUGGGACAGCAGGUCCCCAUAAGGGAAGGGCUCAGGGGCAGCUGGGUGAGCUGUGCCUCCCACAAAUGCUGGCUGAGCAUGAGAGCCUCUGGCCCAGGGGCAGGUUUGGUGGGAGCCAGGGAAGGCUCCUGUAACCCCUGAGCUCAUAACUGAGGAGCAAACACCAUGGUUGUCCUCUUCUCCAGGUGAGCAGCUUUGGUGGCUGGAGCUCUGCUGGGCACAUCCUGGGGCCAGGCAAGUUGGUCCCUUGGGGACUGCUUAUCCUGGCCUGCACAUCUGGGAGCUUCUCCACAGUUUGGGAAUCCUGACUGUGGCUGGGUUUUCUCUGCGGUGGAUUUGGUGGCAAUAGGGAAUUCAGAAAGGUUCAAGAUUGAAACUUCCUCUUCUUCUGCUAGGACUGUGAGAUGAGCCUUCAAGCCAUUUGUGAACCCCGUUUCAGCAGGGAGCAGCAGCCUGUCAGAACAGAUGAGCAGUUACCAACUGGGUUGCUGGAUCCUGCUGUGCCCUUUGUGCCAUGACUGAUGUCUGAAAGAGGAAAAGCUCCCUUUGGCUCUGAGGGAGAUGCCAGCCCUGCUCGCUGCUUGCUGGUGGGCAGUGUGGAGAGUAGUCAUGUGAUUUCCCCACAAGAAAUUAUGACACCCUAGUUUCCAUAUGAUCCUUGUUCCAUCUUUGUCAGCCCAUGUGUCGUUGACUCAUUUUUUUCUCAGCUACGUGUUAUUAAAAUAAGCCUUCUCUGCAAUAAGAGUAAGACUAGAAAAAGUGUAAAGCCCAAGCAAUGCUGUGCAUCCAGGCUGUUCUGUAGUGCUGCUGUUCCGUGGGCCUCACUCACCAGGUUUUGCACACUUCAGGGAUUGUCAGUGUUGCUGAUCUGAACUGCCUUAAAACGUCUUGGGUUUUGAGUCCUGGCUCUCUGGAGCUGCCUUGGUUUUCUGCCCUGCCUGUCCCCACAGCCACAUCCCGGAUCCUCUCUCACAGCAACAAGGCACUGGAACAUGGAGAGUUUUCGGGCGAGUCUGGGGCACCUCACUGCCACUGGGAGGAGAGCCCGUGUUUACUGUGAAGACUCUCUGUUCCCAAAGGUGCACAGAACCAUGGCAGACCUGUGGUGGAUUUACUCCAAACCUGUCCCAGCAGAUGGCAGGGAGCUGUGCACCUUGUUUCUGCAGUGCUCCUGCAUUACAGCACUGAUAGGAGGCCUCUUUUACAACUGGAUGUUUGCUUCCCUGGAGUACUCCUGGCACCUCUCCGUUGCCAUGGCUGUCUCCUUCAGCCUGCUCCUUCUCCUGACUCUCCUUCUGGUGCAUCCUGCCCGCUGUGUCUUCAGCAUGAUCAUGCCCACCCUGGGCACCAAGCAGGGCCGGAAGCUUCUCCUCUCCACCUGCGUCAUGAUCGCAGUGGUGAACAUAACACCCAACAUCAUGGGCAACAUGAAAACCAUCCUGCAGGUCAUCAAGUGCAUCUGCAAGAGUUCCUCCGAGAGCCUUCUCAACUCAACUGUCCUGCUAGGGAAAGCUUCCUGGGAGUUUGGGGAUGCAAUCCAGGAAAGCAUUAAUCCCAUGUAUAAGCCUAUGAAUGGACAUUUUCGCUUUUCAUUGCUUCAGAACAACUCCUUGAUUUACCAAAAAAUGCACCUUGCUGGUGAGAAAAUUAGCAGGGAGUUCUUGUCUGUUGAGGUACUAGUCAAAGACUCUAUACGAGUAGCUAACAGGCUGGCUGCUGGUUUCUUCACACUCUAUCUCUGCUUUGAGUCCACUUGUUAUUUGAAAAAUUAUCUCACCAACCUCCGCUUUGACAAUUUUUACAUCACCAAGCAGCUGGAGCGUUUAGCCGCGGACAGAGGAGCAGCUCAUCUCCUGGUGGGCUCAUCCAAGAGACUCAUCCGACCAGCAGGCUUGAAGCUGUCCUGGGGAGAAGCAGUGCUGUGCCUGGUGCAAUCCAUGCUGCUCACUGUGGCCCUGCUGCUGCUGCUGCUGCUGGUGGCCAUGGAGCACUUUGCCUUCGGCGUGGCAGAUGUGGUGGUGAGAAGGGCAGCCCAGUUCUCUGCCGUGCCCAUCACUUUCAGCAUCAAAUACUCGGUUCAAGUAGUGAUCAUGCACUUUAUGUCCAAAGUUCUACCUUUUCCUUUUCUGGAAUUCCCGGUGGGGGGCUUCAACAGGACCUACGAGCACCAUCUGACCUUCAGCUCUGCCCAGUGCAGCAUCAGCCCCCCCACGGCCCCCAGCCCCUCUGUGCUGCUCGUUUUGGGGCUGCUCUUCUGCAUCCUCUACGGCACCGUGUUCCUGGAGACCUACGCGCGCCGCCUGUGCCGGGAGAUCGCCGCCGCCUUCUUCCCGGGCCAGGAGGAGAAGAGGGUGCUUCACCUCCUCAGGAGACUGUCCAGGAGGCACAGCAAGGAGCAGAGCUCUGUGAAGGGUGCUCUGGGAAGCCAGGGGGGUGUCUGACACCACAGCACAGCCUUCUGCCACAGGAUCGCAUGUUUCGUAUUCCAGAGUUAAAGAGGUGUUUGGAGCUUGGGAAAAAAACCUAAAAAUAAAUAAUAAUAAUAAAAAGGUUGAAAUGUCCCAUUUUUGCAUUAAUUUGAGAAAAAUGGGCCACAUUUCCUUAUUUUUUUUAAUAUCCAGAAGGUCUGGAGUCAGCUGUUGCAUAUCUGCAGCACCACGCAAGGAUAACUGGGAAAUACACGGGAGAUGGGGUCAGGGAGGAGCUCAUUUACCUUCUUCACUACAUCUGUCCUGGAAGAAGUACACCCUGUCUUUCUUAAGUUAUACCUUCAGGCAACAAAAAGGGAAAGUCAUUUGACUUGAUUAAUUUAAUUUUCAAUGAGUUUUUCUUUCAGGUUUUGUGCACAGAAACCUGGGUACACUGGAUAAAUUUAGAAGAUAGUUUAUUCACCAAAGAAAGUGUCACUUCAACAUGCUUGAAGUAAAUUCAAGAUCAAUACGACCAUGAGAGGCACAUCCUGGGCAUGGGUGGUGGUGGAAAUCAGCAUAUGAGGGCUUCACGAAAUCGCUUCAAAAUAAAAUAUAAAUAAAAUAGCUGUAGGACCUCAGAAGAGAAUGAGAAUAUUCAAUAAAGGUCAAUUUGGGUGUUGAUCUAUUUUCCCAAGUAAGAAGUGAUAGGAUGAGAGGAAACAGCUUCAAGUUGUGCCAGGAGAACUUUAGAUUUCAUAUUAGGAAAAAAUUCUUCAAGGUUUACCAAGCACUGGCACAGGCUGCCCAAGGCAGUGGUAGGGUCACCACCCCUGGAGUGAUUUAAAAGACACUAGAUGUGGCACUUGGGGACAUGUUUUAAUGGUCCCUUGGCAGUGCUGGGUUAAUGGUUUGAUUUCAUGGUUUUAGAAGUUGGGUUGUUUCAAGCUCAGAAAUUGUUAUUGUAUGCAA